GGCUGACGGGGACACCAGUGGCACAUUGUGUUUUUGUCCCUCACUGCCUGACAACACCUCGUCCUGCCUGGAGCUUCCUCUGCCUUGAUUUCGACCCACUUCAACGCCAUGCUGCUUCGGAAUGUCGCCCUGCUUCUCCUCUGCACCUCUGUUGCCAUGUCGGCCGCUUUAGGCCACUACCUGGUUCCAACAAAGGAGGUGGAGGAGGAGACGACAGUGGAGGAGGAGGCCCCUGUUCUAAACUUAGCUGCUGUAAGUGAUGGUGUUGUUGAAGCUGCCUCUGUGGAUGCAGCUGAAGAAGAUGUAGCUGCUGCUGCGGUGGAACCAGAGGAUGAUGCUCCUGCAGCUGAAGAAAGACUCGCAGUGGAUCAACCAGCAGCUGACAACAAGGAAGUGGAUGUCCUCAUAGUAGAUGAUGCCACUGCUGAAGAGCCGGGGGCAGAAGGUGACGUGCCAGCCGGAGACACCCAUGCUGUGGAAGCCCUCACUGAGGAGGUGGUCACCCAGGAACAACCUCCCUUGCGAGACGACACUCCUGUGAAGGCCCUGGCUGAGGAGGCUCUCACCCAGGAACAAGCUCCCUCGGAAGACGACACUCCUGUGGAGGCCCUCAUUGAGGAGGCUCUCACCCAGGAACAACCUCCCUCGGAAGACGACACUCCUGUGGAGGCCCUCAUUGAGGAGGCUCUCACCCAGGAACAACCUCCCUCGGAAGACGACACUCCUGUGGAGGCCCUCACUGAGGAGGUUGUCAACCAGGAACAACCUCCCUCGGAAGAAGACACUGCUGUGGAGGCCCUGGCUGAGGAGGUUGUCAACCAGGAACAACCUCCCUCAGAAGACGCUAUUGCUGUGGAGGCCCUGGCUGAGGAGGCUCUCACCCAGGAACAACCUCCCCCUGAGGAAGAGGGGAACGAGAUCGCACCGGUCCAGACAAAGCCAUCCCUGGACAGACCCUCAGCUAAUGAAGAUGAAAGCAGUUGGGGCUUCAACUCGAUUAGGAGUAGUUUCCAGUCGAUGCACGGAUACUUUGACUCCCUGGUGGAGCUGGUGGGGGGUCGCGAUGGUGUGUGCCAGUACCGCUGCAGACAUGGAGAUCCUCCUCAGCCUCGUGCCGGCUACCAGAUGCCGGAGCCCAAUGGCUGCAGCUCGUCUCUGGUGGGAUUCCAGGUGAAUGAAGCUCUCGACCUCGGGGUCCCUGUCAUGACAAAAUGCUGUGACCAACACGACUUGUGCUACGACACUUGCGGGACGAGCAAGUUGGACUGUGACGCUGAGUUCCGCUCGUGUCUGCUCAACAUCUGCUCUGACCUCAGGAAGAGCCUGGGCUUUGUGUCGCAGGUACAAGCCUGUGACUCCAUGGCCGACGUCCUCCACAACACAGUGGGGACUCUGGGCUGCAGGCCCUACAUGAACAGCCAGAGGGCAGCGUGCGUCUGCGAGGACGAGGAGAGGGAUGAACUGUGAUACAGACAACUAUGGACGACCCCUGCAUGGACACUUUCACGGGCAAAUAGCCAGACUCAUUAGCAGCAGAUUAGUCUUGGUAUUUAUAGGUUUCUCUGUCAAAGAGGAGAUAUUUAUCAUGAGUCAGAGUUUGAAAGAAAUGACACACAUGGAAACUGCUGAUGAACAGUUGCUUGGGUUUUAUUCAUAGAAAUUAAGUGUCUGCUUGUGACUUUCAGAAACGUAGUGAACCACUCAUGCAUAUUACACUCUCAAAACUUCAUUUUCAUUUAAUUUUUAGGCCAUAUUUUGGUCUCUAUGACUCCAUUACCAUAAAUUACUCCAAACAAAUUUCCUGAUGGGGAGGAUAUUGCAGUUGGAUUAAUUUGGUCUAGACAGGAAGACACAGGAUCAGUAUUAUGGCACAUGUGGUUCAUUGUGUGCUGCUAUUUGACUUUUAUUACACUAGUUUGCUCAAAACUCAAAUCUAAGUCAGAUAAAAAGUGACGCCGAUUACAGUUAUACUGAGUUAAUGUUGGGUGUAAGUUAUUUGUGUGUUAUUUGUUAUUUUGUAUAAAUAAAUACACGACUAAUUGCAGAUUAACUGACGUGAUUAAUUCUAGAUUAACUGUCAGGCUGAUGAAGCAGGGAGGUGAAUAAUUUCCAGGCACCGUGCUCCGACAUCUCUUUUCCGCCAUGCUGUAAUGUGUGACAUGCUCCCCAGCCAGUGAUUAUACAGAGCAGAUGAGUCCAACAAAAAAAAAAAGAAGCAUCUUUGGAUGUAUCACAUGUAUUUUUCCAAGUCAGUGAUGAUGUGAAAUAUAAACCACUUUCAUAAAUCCACUAAAUCUUUAAGCCAUAAUCAAGCCUGAGAAAUGCCUGAAAGUCUGACCCAGAAAAAUAUCCUUCAUGCUGCAGUUGUUACAAAUGAACUGUGGCCCCUCAGAAUGAUUUCUAAUAGAAAUGCCAUUCACUCUAAUGUCAGUAAAUUGUGCUGCCAGGCAAAGUGGAUGAGACGCACAAACUCGCAUGCAUUAAAUAGAAAGUGAGUGAUCGAGAGUGAUGUGAGGGGACACUGGAGGUGGAGAAGAGAGGAGUGUGUAUAUCUGCAUGUAUAUGUGUAUAUGUGGGGCUUUAAAUGAUACUCUGUGUCUGUGUGUACAUACAAAAUAAAAUGAAUCUCCUGGCCUGA